AUGUCGUUACAGGCGGCGGACAAAUGGAACAGGGAGACUCCAGUCCCAUUGCAGGUCAUUCAAUACGUUGACCAAGGCGUUCGGGAAAAGUUGCCUGCUGGUACAGAAGUCCUUGGUAUCUCUCGCAGUGGUGCUUCGUACUGGGCUAGGACUGCCAAGAUCGAUGCAACAAAUGAGGCUGGAGAAGAGACACCCUUUUUCAUAAAGGUAAUGAUCGUAUGA